UUUCGCACCUACGGGAAAUCGAUAAUGUACGAAUUUGUGGUUAUGUAAAACGUCAAACUUGUGUCAAGAAAGAAAAUAAUAGUGUUAAAUAAUGAAAAUUAAAAAAUGAAUCGUUGGAGAUACACCAGUCCGUUACUGUUAGAUAAGGAAUCAACGUUGACAUGUGAAAAAAACGUUCGUUUAUAUGAUGGCGACCAAAAGACAUCGUUUGAGGGCGGAGAACUCAUAAUAACAACCCACAGAUUGUUAUGGGGCCGUCCUGGUGCAAUCUCAAAAGGCCAGACUUGUCUAGCUUUAAAUCUUUCACUAAUUGUAUACAUUGAGGAAGAAUCACCCAGCGCUUUUAGUUUCAGUCGUUCCCGUAAAGUUGUUUUGCAUUUAUCAGAACCCCAGGAUGUUGGGCAAGAUGGCCCUCAACCCUCCAGUAUUUACAAUUUUAUUAAAUUGUCUUUCAGAGAAGGAUUUAGCUCAGAUGUUGUCGCUAUUUUAAAUGACAGCAUCCAGAAGAAGGUUUGGGAGGGUCGAACAGUUCCUAAAAGUGCCCCCCAGAUUAAAUUAAGAACAGGAAUUGUGGGAAUUGAACGCAGCUUACAAGAGAAACAAAAGGCCACCGAUGAGAGUAUCUCAGUUGCCUUCCAAGAUUUGAACAAAUUAAUGGGCAUGGCUAAGGAAAUGGUGUCGCUUUCUAAAAUGAUUUCAACAAAAAUCAAAGACAAACAAGGGGACAUAACUGAAGAUGAAACAGUCCGGUUUAAGUCUUACCUCCUUAGCUUAGGUAUUGACGAUCCCGUCACGCGAAACUCCUUCAAAUCAGACAACCAAUACUACAGGAGUUUAGCGAAAGAAAUAUGUGGUUUGCUCCAAUCUCACAUUGAAGAUAGGGGAGGUAUGAUGGCCUUAACUGAUGUAUUUUGUUGGGUGAAUCGGGCGAGAGGGUUGGAACUACUUUCUCCUGAGGAUCUCCUAAGUGCUUGUCAAAUAAUGGAGUCGUUGUCUUUACCGUUAAAACUGAUUGAGUUUAGUUCAGGUGUUAUGGUUCUGCAACUUGCGACUUUGGAUGAUGAGAGUGUUGCAGAAGCAACGGCGAUUUUGUUGGAUGACAAAGGRUCACUCUCGUCCGAAGAGUUGGCACAAGCACUUGGAAUUUCCGUUACUUUAGCUAAAGAAAGAUUGUUGACUGCUGAAAAAUAUGGCAAGUCUUGUAGAGAUGAUUCGAUUGAAGGCCUAAGAUUUUAUCCUAAUAAAUUUUUAACCAGUUAAAGUUUUCUAUGUAUACACACAAUUACCAAUAAAACUAUUUAUUGUAAA